AUGGUGUCCUGGAUCAUCUCUCGUCUCGUGGUGCUGAUCUUCGGCACCCUGUACCCCGCGUACUCCUCCUACAAGGCCGUGAAGACGAAAAACGUGAAGGAAUACGUGAAGUGGAUGAUGUACUGGAUUGUGUUUGCCUUUUUCACCACCGCAGAAACACUUACAGACAUUGUUCUUUCUUGGUUUCCCUUUUAUUUCGAGCUGAAAAUCGCAUUUGUGAUUUGGCUGCUCUCCCCUUACACCAAGGGCUCCAGUGUCCUCUACAGGAAGUUUGUGCACCCAACGCUCUCCAAUAAGGAGAAGGAAAUCGAUGAAUACAUUACUCAGGCUCGUGACAAGAGCUAUGAAACCAUGAUGCGAGUUGGCAAGAGAGGGUUAAACCUUGCUGCCAAUGCAGCAGUUACUGCAGCUGCAAAGGGCCAGGGAGUUUUGUCUGAGAAGCUACGAAGUUUCAGCAUGCAGGAUCUCACUCUGAUCCGGGAUGAAGAUACUGUGCAUAUGCGAAGCCAUGAGCCACAACUGCACCCCUCUGGUGGGGGUCUUCUUGAAACCAUUGAGGAUUCAGAGGAGAGCAGUGUGACACAGAGGUCUAAUGGAACUCUGUCAGAGACUAGAGCAGACCCAUCAGAUGAAGAUGCAGGAGACAAACUUCCUAAACGUACCCAGAGUCUCAAAACUCCUAAGAAGGUGUUGAAAACUGAGCUUCCAGUAAGAAGUGUGAAAGCCCGUCCUAAGAAGAAAGCUGCAGGCUCUCCUGCUUCUGGCGAGUCAUCCUAA